AUGGUUGAACGUCUUGCUGGUCUGCUCCCCCAAAUUGUCUCGGAGGGGCAGAAUGCGUUUAUUCGAGACCGUCAGAUUAUCGAUAACAUCCUUAUUGGGCAUGAGUUAAUGCACUAUCUUAAAAUUAAGAAGCAAGGGAAGAAGGGGUAUAUGGCUUUGAAGGUUGACAUGGAAAAGGCCUAUGAUAGAGUCGAAUGGCCCUUUCUUCUGGCGGUUCUGGAUAAGAUGGGUUUUAACUCGAUCUGGAAAGGGUGGGUUCACGAGUGUCUUCGGUCCUCCUCUUUCUCGGUUCUGAUGAAUGGUUCACCCUCUAGGUAUUUCUCUGCCUCUAGGGGUCUUCGCCAGGGUGAUCCGCUAUCCCCUCUUCUGUUUGUGCUUUGCACGGAAGGGUUUGCGGCACUCCUCCGGAAGACGAUCUCUGAGAAGAAAUUAGAGGGGUAA